AUGUCCGAAGAGGGAGGCGAUGGUGGAAACUUUGUGUGGCCAAAGCAGUCAUUGGCUUUCUCUAAUCCUGAUAACUCUGGUGCCACUGAUGAAAAACCUGACAAGAAACAACCUGAUUCGACCUCAAAGACCCCAAUAGCAUCAGUGGCGGCCCCGCCUUCGACGGUGGCUAAGAAAAGAAGUCGAAAUGGUGUUCCCAAAAAUGGAAGAAGUAGUCGAGACAGUAAACAAUGCAAAGAUGAAGGAGUUGGUGAUCCUGAUCAUCAUCAUCAUGAUGAUCACGAAAUUCAUAUAUGGACGGAGAGAGAAAGAAGAAAGAAGAUGAGAAACAUGUUCUCUAACCUUCAUGCGUUACUUCCUAAUCUUCCUGCUAAGGCUGACAAGUCCACAAUUGUAGAUGAAGCUGUGAGUUACAUCAAAACUCUUGAAAAUAAUCUACAGAAGCUUCAGAAACGAAAACUGGAAAUGCUUCGAGGUCCACCCAUCAUUGAUUUCAAUACAUCAUCAUCAUCAUCAUCAGCUCUAGCCCUAGAAUCAAGAGAGUCAUUCUUGGCUGAUCAGCUGGGAUGUUCAAGCUCAUCAAAGAACCAAGCCAUCACGGCCACCAGUAACUCACCCUUCUCAUCAACAUUUGGGGUUCCUCAAUUCCCCAUUUGUUUCCAAACUUGGUCUUCACCAAAUGUGGUGUUGAGUGUUUGUGGUACCGAUGCACAGAUCUGUGUGUGUGCACCAAAGAAGCCUGGUCUCUUGACUGCCAUCUUUUAUGUCCUUGAGAAGUUUAAAUUGGAGGUAGUAACUGCUAAUAUCUCCUCAGAUAACUACCAAAGCAUGUACAUGAUCCAUGCCCAUUAUGCAAAUGGAGGUGCUGAUCAAUUCUCAGAGACAUUACCAGUGGAGGAAAUAUACAAGAUCGCGGUCGGAGAGAUGAUGUUUUGGCUCUCAUCUUAAUGAAAUGAGAAAAGAAAAAAAAAUUGGGUUUGGGGAGAAUUAGUUGUGAAAGUUCUACUGUAAAUAUAGUGAGG